AAUGCGUUUCACACAAAUUUUACGUAUACGAAUCAAGUGUCCCGAAUUAACGGCCGCUAAACAACAAUAUGUGCCCAAACAUCAACCAGCCGUCGAAAAAGACAUAAAAAAUCUGGAAGAUUUUCUAAUGGACAAACCGAAGAUAGUGGUGUUAACGGGUGCGGGUAUAUCAACGGAAUCAGGCAUCCCAGAUUACCGUUCCGAAGGUGUUGGUUUAUAUGCCCGCAGCAAUCACAAGCCCAUACAACAUAUGGAAUUUGUACGUUCGCCCAGUGUACGACAACGUUAUUGGGCUAGAAAUUUUGUGGGCUGGCCUAAAUUUUCCUCAACCGAACCGAAUAGCACCCAUUACUCUCUGGCACGAUUCGAACGUGAAGGCCGCAUACAAUGUGUGGUCACACAAAAUGUUGAUCGUCUGCAUACCAAGGCGGGUAGCAAAAAUGUAACAGAACUUCAUGGUUCCGGUUAUGUGGUUAAAUGUCUCUCGUGUGACUAUAAAAUCGAUCGUCAUGACUUUCAGCUAAUCCUCAACGAUCUAAAUCCAGAAUUUAAAGAUGCUCCCGAUAUGAUACGCCCCGAUGGUGAUGUUGAAAUUCCACAAGAGUACAUUGACAAUUUCCGUAUACCAAAUUGUCCGCAAUGCGAUGAUAAUCGUUUGAAACCGGAAAUUGUAUUUUUCGGUGAUAAUGUACCGAAAACUCGGGUCAAUAGUAUAGCUGAAAUGAUUUAUGCUGGAGAUGGUCUUCUGGUGUUGGGUUCCAGUUUGCUGGUAUUCUCCGGAUAUCGUAUGGUAUUGCAGGCAAAAGAUUUAAAAUUACCUGUGGCUAUUGUAAAUAUUGGCGAGACAAGGGCUGAUCAUUUAGCCGAUUUGAAGUUGUCGGCCAAGUGUGGUGAUGUUAUACCCAAGUUAUUUAAUUUUAAGAACAAAUGAUGA